GUGCGUUUGUGCGUGCGCCCGUGCCGCCUCCUGGUCCGCCGCCCGCGGCCCGGCGCACGCUCCGCGACACCGAGGCCGAGCGGGGCAGGGUGCUGACCGCCAUGACCCCCCGGAGCCCAGCGUGAGGGGGCCGAGAGGUCCUCUUCCCCUCUCAGAUGCGGUGACCUGCCAGCGCCUGCCACUGCCUUUGUCCAGAGUCUCCCCAUCUCUCCACGCAUCAGGGGCCCUGUGCCCCUUGCUGCUGCAGCAGGGCACCAUGUCGACCUCGUCCUUGAGGCGCCAGAUGAAGAACAUCGUCCACAACUACUCAGAGGCGGAGAUCAAGGUUCGAGAGGCCACGAGCAAUGACCCCUGGGGCCCGUCCAGCUCCCUCAUGUCAGAGAUUGCCGACCUUACCUACAACGUCGUCGCCUUCUCAGAGAUCAUGAGCAUGAUCUGGAAGCGGCUCAACGACCACGGCAAGAACUGGCGGCACGUCUACAAGGCCAUGACGCUGAUGGAGUACCUCAUCAAGACCGGCUCGGAGCGCGUGUCGCAGCAGUGCAAGGAGAACAUGUACGCCGUGCAGACGCUGAAGGACUUCCAGUACGUGGACCGCGACGGCAAGGACCAGGGCGUGAACGUGCGUGAGAAAGCCAAGCAACUGGUGGCCCUGCUGCGCGACGAGGACCGGCUGCGGGAGGAGCGGGCACAUGCACUCAAGACCAAGGAGAAGCUGGCACAGACCGCCACGGCCUCAUCAGCAGCUGUGGGCUCGGGGCCCCCUCCUGAGGCGGAGCAGGCAUGGCCGCAGAGCAGCGGGGAGGAGGAGCUGCAGCUCCAGCUGGCCCUGGCCAUGAGCAAGGAGGAGGCCGAUCAGCCCCCGUCCUGCGGCCCCGAGGACGACGCCCAGCUCCAGCUGGCCCUUAGUUUGAGCCGAGAAGAGCACGAUAAGGAGGAGCGGAUCCGGCGCGGGGAUGACCUGCGGCUGCAGAUGGCGAUCGAAGAGAGCAAGAGGGAGACCGGGGGCAAGGAGGAGUCAUCCCUCAUGGAUCUUGCUGACGUCUUCACAGCCCCAGCUCCUCCCCCGACCACAGACCCCUGGGGGGGCCCAGCACCCGUGGCUGCUGCCAUCCCCACGGCUGCCCCCACCCCAGACCCCUGGGGUGGCCCCCCUGUCCCUCCGGCUGCUGAUCCCUGGGGGGGUUCAGCCCCCACGCCAGCCUCUGGGGACCCCUGGAGGCCUGCUGCCCCUGCAGGACCCUCAGUUGACCCUUGGGGUGGGACCCCAGCCCCUGCGGCUGGAGAGGGGCCCACGCCGGAUCCAUGGGGAAGCUCCGAUGGUGGGGCCCCGGUCAGUGGACCCUCCGCCUCUGAUCCCUGGACACCGGCCCCGGCCUUCUCGGACCCCUGGGGAGGGUCACCUGCAAAGCCCAGCACCAAUGGCACCACAGCCGCCGGGGGCUUCCACACGGAGCCCGAUGAGUUCUCUGACUUCGACCGACUCCGAACGGCCCUGCCGACCCCCGGGAGCAGCGCGGGGGAGCUGGAGCUGCUGGCAGGAGAGGUGCCGGCCCGAAGCCCUGGGGCGUUUGACAUGAGUGGAGUCAGGGGAUCUCUGGCCGAGGCUGUGGGCAGCCCGCCACCUGCAGCCACGCCAACUCCCACACCCCCAACCCGGAAGACGCCGGAGUCAUUCCUGGGGCCCAAUGCAGCCCUCGUCGACCUGGACUCGCUGGUGAGCCGGCCAGGCCCCACGCUGCCUGGAGCCAAGGCCUCCAACCCCUUCCUGCCAGGCGGAGGCCCAGCCGCCAGCCCCUCCGUCACCAACCCCUUCCAGCCCGCGCCCCCCGCGACGCUCACCUUGAACCAGCUCCGUCUCAGUCCUGUGCCUCCUGUCGCGGGAGCGCCACCCACAUACAUCUCUCCCCUCGGUGGGGGCCCCGGCCUGCCCCCCAUGAUGCCCCCGGGUCCCCCGGCCCCCAACACUAACCCCUUCCUCCUAUAAUCCAGGGCAGGAGGGGGACCUGGCCCCACCUGGCCGCCCCCAUUCCGGCUCUCUGGGAGAUCAGUGUUGUGAGUGCAUGUGAAAUGGGGGUGCGCGCCCCCAGUGCCCUUCCCUGUCCUGGGGCCCACUCACACUACACCCUCUUCCCUUUCCCACCCUGCCUCCCGGGGGAGAAACUGGACAUGGGGCCUGGGGAGGGAGCUGGCCAGAGAAAGACCCUUUCUCGUGGCAUUAGAGGGGGAGGGGCGGCUGGGGCCCCAUAUGUUCCCCUCCCUCAAAUUCCCAACCCCCAGUCAGUGUUUGAGCCUCCUCGUUCCCCUCACACACCCUCGGUGAACCCUUGGUGAUGAUUUUGGCGACUUUGGGAAUAAAUGGCACUUCCCAUGGGCGUGGCUCCCCCAGA